AUGGCUGGCUGGGACGAGUGCGAUCGGCUCCUUGCAGAGGCGUCCUCAAAAGCCUCGCCGCCCUGCACGGGGGAAGACUUGCUCUUUGUGGAGGAAGAGGGAGAACAAGUUCAGGUGUGGCCGAUCAAGCUGGGGCUGGGACGUUUGGAGGAGAUCUUGUCGAUCCGCCCGGGUGAGAUCUGUGAAGUCUACGGUGCCCCUGGCACAGGCAAGACCUUACUGGGCCUUUCGGUGUCUGCAGCUGCAUGCUGUGCUUCUCGGCCCGUGCUUUACGUCACGGUGAAGGAUCCGCCCUGGGCGCUGGCCGAGCGCCUUGGGAGCCUUGCUGCAGCCCGACAGAUCGAUGAAGCAGCUCUGGAGCACGUUCGCAUCUACCAAGCCAUGAACUUCACAGACUUCGCCCAGAUCCUCGCUGCUCCGGAGAUCUUCCAAGACAAGCAGCCGCUGGUCAUCAUCGACGGCCUGACGACGCUGCUGUCGCCCUUUACCUCAGCCACGAGUUGGGCACACAGGUGGCGUUUCGCCUGGGCAUGGCGCUCUUUGCGGCAUGUGGCAAUGCCCCGAGGCGCCACUGCACGGGGAGCCUGCGUGUUGAUUCUCUCCCACACGGUGGGCGAGGGUUCUUUGGCUUUGGGACAGCUGUGGACUCAGUGUGCCUCCCGGCGAUUGGAGCUCAAGCCGGGCUGCCUCGAAGUGAAGAUGGCCAAACGAGGUUUGCCAAAUGCUCACGGCCAGCAGCAGGUGCCAAGCUCGGUGGACUUCGUGCUGUGUGAUGCUGGGGUGCUCUGCAGAUGA